AAAUCGCAAUGCAUUAUUGAUAGUAAUAAUUACGGUGACAUGCGCAUUUCCACUCGAGGGGGUAAUUUUCCAAGCUUAAGAAUUUGUCGAGGAAGGGGAAGGGAAAAUUGUUUGGAGGCGCUCGCUCCUGAUGGUUGCAGCAUGUCGAGGCGCAAGCAAAGCAAACCGCAGCACAUCAACUCCGACGAGCCCGGUUCCUUAGGAAACGGGAUUCUUCAAGAUGAUCCAGCUGAAACAACUGGAAGUGAAGCCAAAAAGCUCAGAGUGGAUGACACCAAAGUUUGCAGCAAAUGUUGUGCUGAAUUUUUUGAUGAAGCAGAUUUUUUUGAGCAUGAGCGGAACUGCACAAAAAGUGAACAAGUAGUCAUCAUGAAAGACCUAGAUGGCAAUGAGUUACCUGAGGAAUAUUCACAAGGGUCCCCUGAUGGCCUUACUAUUGACCAUGAUGACCAAUCCAGCAGUCAUUCCCAAUCGAAUGUCCAUGCAGACCACAUGGAAAGGCCAGAGGAAGAUGACUCGGGCCAGCUGGUAGAGAUGUCUUCCAACCCAGAAAUGACUUUGCAUCCCACACCGAAGUUGCAGAAUUCAAAUGUCACCCUUGGACCCAUGGCUGACACUAAAGUCGCUGUCUCCCAACAUGCUUCAGAGAGCGCAUCAGUGACUUCGCCGCAGGAGGUUUUGCAGGCCAUACCAAUGAUUUUAGAACAGCUGGUGUUCCUUCAGCAGCAACAGCUACAGCAAAUCCAGCUCACGGAACAAAUCAGAAUCCAAGUAGCCAUGAUGACUCCACAGAGUCUGCAGUCAUCACCUGGGGCAGCAAUGGAUCCUCUGAAAGCCCUUGGCGCACAUCUGUCUCAACAGCUGUCUGCUGCAGCAGCUCUUAUUGGAAAAAGGACCAAUCAGAGCCUUUCUGUGGAGGCGUUAAAGCAAGGUAAACUGCCUCUUGUCACAUCCAUUCCUGCUUCUGGAGAGCUGGCUUCUGUCAACUCUAAAACAGACAUUGUGAAGGGCAUUCCAGAUCUGGCCAGUCGUUUACCAGCACUACUGCCCCAGUCAACAGGUGUUAUUGGUUUCAAUGGUAUCGCAGCAGGAAUUGAGUCCUCAAAAAAAGUUAAGACGAAGAUCCUAAACCUCCCACCAGAAUCCAAAAACUGUGACUUACUGUACAAACACAAGUGCAAGUACUGUGGCAAGACCUUUGGCAAUGACAGUGCUCUUCAGAUUCACCUGCGUUCUCACACUGGCGAGAGGCCCUUCAAGUGUAACAUCUGUGGAAACCGUUUCACAACCAAAGGAAACCUGAAGGUGCAUUUCCAGCGGCAUAAAGACAAGUAUCCAAAUAUCAGCAUGAACCCUCACCCUGUGCCAGAACACCUUGACAGUAUUCCCACUACUAGUGGAAUUCCUUUCGGCAUGUCCAUUCCUAUGGAAGAGUCAAACAUGACUGAAUUUAAACCUGUUGGGUUGGGUCCUGGUGCUGGAUUUCACCAUUCACCCAUACCAGGAUUCAAGGCAACCUAUGGAGGAGACCCAUUUUCCCAGAGACCAUCGACAAGUGAUGGUUCCCCAACUAUUUCCUCUGUGUUUUCCCAAGAGAUGGGGCUUGAGCAGAAUCAGCAAGAUGCUAAAGAGCUGCUUGGAACACUACAUCAUAUGAAUGGUACUGCCAUUUUGGGAGAACAGAGCUCAGGAACAGCAAAACUUCAGCAGAUGGUGGACGGCUUGGAAAAGCGGACCAGUGACCCCAAUGAGUGUGUAAUCUGCCAUAGGGUGCUCAGUUGCCAGAGCUCACUCAAGAUGCAUUAUCGCACCCACACGGGCGAAAGACCCUACAAAUGCAAGAUUUGUGGUCGUGCCUUCUCCACCAAAGGUAACCUCAAGGCGCAUUAUGGAGUGCACAGAGCAAACACCGCUCUCAAAAUGCAACACUCAUGCCCCAUCUGCCAAAAGAAGUUCACCAAUGCCGUAGUCCUGCAGCAGCACAUAAGAAUGCAUAUGGGUGGACAAAUUCCCAACACACCAAUCUCUGAAAACCAGUUUGAGGCAGUGGAGCAGUCAGUGCCAGAGGACAAACAUCAUAUUGAUACUAAUGGUUUUGAAGAAAGCAUGGAGGAUAACGAGACAGAGCUGAAGUCUGAGAAACUUAAUGAGUCAAAUGAAGAGUUGCAGAAGAACUCAACCCCCCCUGUGGUUUCUAGCCUGGAUGUGUUGAAAAAUCUCACCUCUUCUCUUACAAUAAAACGAGAGAACAGCACCACUUCAGAGAGUGAGGGGGCAUCCAAAGAAUCCCUGCCGGCUCCUAAGGACCAGGACUAUCAGAAUGGCUGCAGUCCUACGGUUUCUGACUCGACCAUGUCAUUUCAGUCAUCAUCACCAGUAAACAUUAGUGGCAAGUCUUCUGAGGUGGCAGAUGAGUUUGUUUCCGGUGGGUCAAAAGAGUGCGACAGCGGUGCUCAAGAUGGCACAGAGUCAAGUGGAGCCCUUGAUCUCACCGCAUCAAGCAGCUUCACCCCCAAGGCGAUAAAAGAAGAACCUGGCAUACCAUUCACAAAUGGAGACUAUGUGCCAAGCAACAUCCCCUUCAUGAGGAUACCAUCAAGUCUGGCCAAUCUGGAAAUGAAGAUUCCUCCUGAGACUCCUCUGGGCCCUGCUGGUUUGUUCAGCUCCCAUUUGCCCCAGGGAACGGUUCUGUCUUCCUCCCUCUCCUCUGCACCACGGCGAUCAACCAAACAGCACGUUUGCACCGUCUGCAGCAAGACCUUCUCGUCUGCCAGUGCCUUACAGAUCCACGAGCGCACACACACGGGGGAGAAGCCAUAUGCGUGCAACAUCUGCGGCAGAGCUUUCACCACAAAGGGAAAUCUAAAGGUGCAUAUUGGCACCCACAUGUGGAACAAUACAUCCCGACGUGGCCAACGACUGUCUCUGGAGAACCCCAUGGCAGUGAUGGCCAUGAAUUCUGAUGCCAAGAUGUUGCCAGAGAUUUUGCAGGCCCCCAAAGAACUUGCCGCUCCACAAAUGAACUUUGACCCGUCUCUGUGGAACCAGUACUUCAGCGGAGGCCUUACCAUGAAGACGAAUGAAAUUUCUGUCAUCCAGGGCGGAGGUAUCCCACUCCCUGGGAGCCCAGCUAGCGGGCCUCUGAUCGGCUCCACAGGAGGCCUCAUGAAAAUCGAUGGCUCCCACUCCGGCUUGCCGGCCACCAUGGCAGAAAUGGAUAAGAAUGGUUCAGUCAGUGUGCCAAAGUCACACUUUCCACAUUUCAUGGAGGAGGGUAAAAUUGCGGUUAAUUAGUCAUCAGUUUGUUUGAAGAUCUUUAAGAAUGAGGUACAAUCAACAUUAAAUUGAAAUCUUGUAGAAUUCUG